AUGUGCACUGUGAAGGUGGCUGUGAUUAUUGGGCUGGGAGUAGGUGCGAUGCUUCUCACGCAAAGUGAAACCCCGCUGGACUCUGCAGGCACUGGGUACCGGCAGGUAUGGAGGGAUUGGGGGCUGCUCAUGCGGGCUGUGGUUUGCAUCAUCGCCGGAGUCUCCCUCCUCGCCCUGGCCUGGCUGUACAGGCUACUCUUCGCCCCCCUGGAGCUAUUCAGGGGCCCCGAUGAUGUGGGAUACAUCGCCGAGGACGGUCGCUCCAAAGCCCGGGCGGCAAAUGAGGUCCGCCGCAGGAGGAAAACCGGAGAGCUGCCUCCUGUGUAUCCAAACGGCUGGUUCCGAGUGCUGGACUCACGCAUGCUACAGAGAGGGGAGGUCAGGAGUGUCUCUGUUCUAGGUGAGCAGUUGGCGGUGUUUCGGGGCCAGGACUGGAAGGCCUACGUGGUGGAUGCCUACUGCCCUCACCUGGGUGCUAACCUGGCUGUAGGGGGACGGGUGGUGGGAAACUGCAUAGAGUGUCCCUUCCAUGGAUGGAAGUUUCAGGGGAAUGAUGGCAAGUGCGUGAAGAUCCCCUAUGCAGAAAAAGUGCCAGAGUUUGCCAAGGUGCGCUGCUGGCCCAGCUGUGAGGUCAACGGCCAGAUCCUAGUGUGGUUUCACUGUGAUGGAGAAGAUCCUCAGUGGACCGUCCCAGAGCAGCAGGAAAUCACAAAGGGCGAGUGGGUCUAUCGGGGGAGGACUGAACAUUUUAUCAACGCUCACAUAGAGGAGAUUCCUGAAAAUGCAGCAGACAUUGCUCACAUUGCUCACCUGCACACGCCAGGCAUUGUCAGUGGAAUAGAUCUGCGUUACACCAACAGCAAAACCUGGGAAUUUGUGCGGCAUGACUGGAAGGUUCAGUGGGAGCCAGAGUCAGAGCCCAACAAGCAUUGCUCACAGAUGUUGGUGAAACAUGCGCUUACUGUGUUUGGAUGCCACUGGCCUCUGCUGGAUGUUUGUGUUGUGGCCAGACAGGUGGGUCCAGGAGUGGUGUUCCUGCUGUUUGACCACAGUUUCCUCGGCCGGGGUGUCAUCAUGCAAUCUGUGACUCCAGUGGAGCCUCUGCUGCAGUGUGUCUCUCACUCUAUCUUCUAUCAGUCUAAUAUCCCACCUCUGGUGCCCAAAUUCAUCCUCAAAGCAGAGUGCAUUCAGUUUGAGCGAGACGUGAUGAUCUGGAACAAUAAGAAGUACAUCUCCAAGCCUCUCCUCGUGAAGGAGGACUCAGCCAUCCAGAAGCACAGGCGCUGGUAUAGUCAGUUCUACAGCGAGAACAGCCCGCGGCUGCAAUACCAGCGCGACACUUUAGACUUCUGA